AUGCUGUCUCAACAGAAAUUUUCCAAGCUUUUUAGACCUUGGGAUGUCAGUGAAAAUAAUGAAAAAAUUAAAACAACUAAUGAUGAUAAUAUAAAAACUAUGAGACCAAAACAAACAUUACAUGAAAAGCGUGAAAAUCGUUUGAGGAAAAUUCGUGGCGUUUUUAAAAAAAGUGACGGCAAUGUUCACCAAGAUUGCACAGUCUCAACGACAACCGAUGAUUCAGAAGAUAUAAAGCCAAUAUUUAAUGACAAUGAGUCACCAGUACAGAGCCUCACUCAAUGUUGCGACAGGCUUUUAGACGAGCCCGCCAAAAGGCCAAAAAGUGACGUGAAACCUACUACAAAGCAGGAGGAAACAUAUCCUGCAUACCCACUUCUACCUAACACAUAUGCGGGCUAUACACCAGAAUACCUUCCUACCGAUAUCGCCCAGACCCUUGGGAUCCCGCCAACAGAUCCAUUACUCAUAGAAUCACUUGCACAAGGAUAUGCAAUGGAACUAGAAUACGCAAGAAUCCUCCAACAAGAGAAUGAAGCGAAGCUUAUGAAUGCCCGUAAACAACGCCCAAAGAAAUAUAAAUGUCCUCACUGCAAUGUGGGCUUCUCCAACAACGGCCAGUUAAAAGGCCAUGUAAGGAUACACACGGGGGAAAGACCAUUUAAAUGUGAUGAAAAGGAUUGUGGAAAGACCUUUACAAGAAAUGAAGAACUAACACGGCACAAGCGUAUUCAUUCCGGGGUCAGGCCUUAUCCUUGCCAGACUUGCGGUAAGAAAUUUGGAAGACGGGACCAUUUAAAGAAACACACGAGGACCCAUUUUGUUCAAGCAGAGAGAAUGCUGCCAGUCUUCGUUCCUCUUUCUGCCAUGCCCAGUAUUGGUGGGUUUCCUUAUCUGUAUGGAUAUUAA